CAAGCAAACAGUAGCAGCGUGUGUGGGUGUGUGUGUGUGUGUGUGCGUGUGUGCGUUUGUGAGGGGAAACGAUUCUGUUUGGGGAAAUCUUCAUUAUUUUGGUGGUUGGUCUCAGACUCAAACAUGGACAGUGGACUCUGACUGAGGCGCACAGAAGUUCCUCACCGAGGAUUUAAACUCACCUGGAUGAACUGAGUCGGACAAAAGAGAACCAGGACACAGAAUAAACUGCCAGGGGACACAGCAAUGGUUCGGUCUGUAAUGUUGACGGUCCUGAUGCAUAUCCUCCUGCUCUCUCAUGGUGCUCAGUGUUUGGAGCCUGAGGAGGGAGCCUCUCUCCAUCCAGGUGCCCUGGACCUCCCAUGGCAGGAUGAGCUGUGCUGUGACUCACCUUCAGCACACCUCACUGCAGAGGGAGACGCCACACACGCACUGGAGACAAACCGCUCUGAAUCAAACCUCCCACGCUAUCCCCUCUGCAGCUUCAGGGGCUCGACAAAUGAAUCACAUCCUCAUGAGUCCUCUGGCGGCACCUGUUUGGACAUACUGUGCAGAAUUGAUGAAACCUGGGAAAAUUUAACAUGUGACCUUCAGUCUCUCUUUCCACCAUCAACCAUGGUGGAUGCUGGUCCUAUGGCAGUUAGUCUACAGCGGCUGUUUUCACAGAAAGACGACACAGAGGUGAAGGAUGGGAAUACUGCACCUGAUAAUCCCGUUGUCUGUGAAGCGAAGGAUUCCUUCAUGUGUUCACUCGCUCUUGGCGCUGCGACAAACUUUGUCACUGUGGUAACCAUCAGCAUCUCCUACGCCAUCGCUCCGCCUGUUCUCCUCAGGAUUCCUGACCGGCCUGUGAAACCGAGUCCUCCAGUCAACCUGUCACAUAUUCAGACCAUUGAAGCUGAACUGAUUUUACAAUGGGACGACCUUCCAGACUCUGAUAUCGGUCCGCUGAGAUACGAAGUCCGACACUCUCCCAACACCGCUCAUCCAGCAUGGCAGGUGGUGUCUGCACCUGCAGAGCCCAGGUUGUCUCUGGAGCUGAAGCCCAAACUGAACCACACCAUCCAGGUUCGCUGCUCCGGCCUGGACCAGCCUCCAGUGUGGAGCGACUGGAGUGAACCUCACCACAUCUACCUGGACACGGUGAGCUACAUCCCUGAGAAAGUGGUGGCGCGACCAGGGGAGAACGUAACAGUGUAUUGUGUGUUCAACGACCACAGCAUCAACGCCAGCACGGCUAUGUGGAUGCUCAACUUUCAGCAGCCGCUUCAUCGCAGUCAGUACCACCCAGUCAACCAGUGGGUCAGCCAGAUCACAGUACGUCCUUCGGAGACUCGGAUGUAUGACCUGCUGCGGUGCACUCAGGAGUGGACCAUCCCAUACAGCCAGAUCUUUGCAGAAGGAGUCUCCAUCAAUAUAAACUGUGUAACCAACGGUGAUAUCGAUGCUAUGGACUGCAGCUGGAAGAACACACAGUGGACUAAACCCGAAUUCAGAUCCAGGUGGGCCGACCUGCCAUGCGAUGUGAUGGAGGAGAGGGAAAGAGCGGGGGAGAAAGUGGGGGAGAUGGGGCCCGCUUGCAUGCAGGUUCGACCCAGGCUGGAAACCUGCACCAUCCAGCCUCUGAGGAUGAACUGCUACAAGCUGUGGCUGGAGAUGCCGUCCCGGCUGGGCCCCAUCAGGUCUAAACCCAGCUACCUGUCACCCAUAGAUCAUGUAAAACCCCACACGCCCACUAAUGUGAGGGCAGUGAGCCAAAGCAGUGGGGUCCUGAUGGUCACGUGGGACCCUCCGUCUCUGCCUGUCGAGGGGCUCCAGUGUCAGAUUCGGUACCACUCGCCCUCCGCUGUAAGAGCCCAGCCGGAGUGGAAGAUCCAGAGUCCAGUGCGGGUUUCGUGGAUGCAGGUCGCAGUGUCGGACAUGUGCCGGGUGUAUAUGGUACAAGUACGCUGCAUGCACGCCAAGGGCACCGGCUAUUGGAGCGAAUGGAGCGAUUCGUUCUACUCCACACCUCAGAACAGCAGAACUCCUGACCGUGGCCCUGAUUUCUGGAGAGUCCUUCAAGAUGAUCCAUACAGAAACCAGACUAAUGUCACUCUGCUAUUUGAGCAUCUCCAAAUAUCAGGGCGCUCUUAUUGUGUAGAUGGAUUUAUAGUCCAGUACCAGGCGUCGAGUGGCUUUGUGAUCAGGGAGCAGAUCGACAUGGCGUCCUCCUACAGUUUUCAGUGGGACCAAGAGCUCCAAACUGUGACAGUGGAGGCCUACAAUAAUCUGGGGAGCUCCACUAACAACAUCAACAUGUCGCUGGAGAGACAUCCCAAACGCCGCUUUGUGCGUUCAUUCAGUGUGUUGGUUAUCAACAGCACCUGUGUGUCUCUGUCCUGGAGUCUGUUGGACAACAGCUCUCCCCCUUUGUUCAUGGUGGUCCAGUGGUCUCCACGGAGGCAACAGGACUCUGAUGAUCACAAGGGCCGGAGUGGGGAAACAUGGGCCAGACUGCCCUACACAGACUGCCCCAUCUAUCUGAGAGGUGAUUUCUUAGGCUCUGAGCAGUCAGGCUUCUACUUGUACUCAGUGUUUGCUGAUGGAGAGGGGGAGCCAAUGUACGCUAUAGCCACCAGACGAGACCCUGCAGCCUACAUGAUGCUGAUGAUCAUCUCCUUCCUCUUCAUCGUCCUGUUUGUCACCCUGAUCGUCUCCCAAAACCAGAUGAAAAAGUUUGUGUGGAAGGAUGUGCCCAACCCAAACAAAUGCUCCUGGGCCAAAGGACUAGACCUCGAAAAGACUGACACCUUUGACCACUUGUUCCGACCUCCAGAAGGCCUUUCAGCCUGGCAGCUGCUCCUGCCGUCUGACAAUAUUUCCCAAGUUGCCAUAGUUGACAAGAUCGAUCUCUCAGCUCUGACUACAGCUUUAGUCCAAGUUCCACUUGUGUCUCUAACACCCGACCCAGCCACUGUGUUAUCUCUCUCCCUUCCUCCAGAGUCUGAUUCUGAGGUCAACCAAGCCCAGGCCAUGGAUAGUGAGGGGCUCCUAGGUGGAGCUCCUUCUGUAGCUCUUAGUCUUAGUCUAAGUGCUUUAGUCAGUUCAAGCCCAAGAGUAGAUCAGUUACAGCUAGACGAUCCAGGCCUCAAUGACAGCUCUGCUCAGUCUUCAGUUAUAUAUGCCACUGUGCUGCUCCCUGAUCUGAAGCAGGAGGAUGGUAGCGGCAGCAGCUCCAGCGAUGAGGGCAAUUUCUCUGCCAACAACUCAGACAUUUCUGGAUCUUUCCCCGGCGGCCUGUGGGAGCUUGACAGCUGCCGAGCUGGAGAGAUGGACGACCCGCGGCGCUCCUGCUCCUACAACUCUGUGGAGGAGCUUUCUGAAACAUCAGAGCAUGAAGAUGAAGACGAGGAGGUGAGAGAAGAGAAAGACUUGUGCUAUCUAGGAAUGGACUAUCCAGCAGAGGAUGAGGAAAGCGAGGAAGAUGAGGGGCAGAGAGAAGAAGAGCCUAAUAUCAAGCUGCUCAAAAAUGUAGUUUUGAACAGAGAGGACUGUUCUGUGGAGUUGCACCCUUUGCUCGGCCCUGAGGACUCGAUCGAGCUGCUGUCAGCGUCAAUGCAAGACUGUCCUCCGCUUUACCUGCCUCAGUUCAGAACUGCUUCGUGUACGAGGCAACUCAAAGCUCAACCAGAAAAAGGCAAACCCCAGCUGUGACUCUCACACCGACUGCAUUUAAAUGAAACUGUGCGUCUUUAAAUCAGUCAUGAUUUGGCAUUUACCAAAGCGGGUUUGCACAUGUUCCUUCAGAGGUGUGUAGCUGAAAAAUGUAAAAAAUACCACAACCGAUGUGUGAUUGCAAAUUGAUAUUCAUCAAUGCUGCUAUUAUGUUUUGUGGGAGAAAUCGUCACAAUCUUCAUUUACAUACAUUUCUUUCUUUGAAAGACAGAUUCUACUGUGCCACACUGCUCCUUUGCACUCGGUAAGUGAUGCAGGAGCACCUGCUGAGAAAUCUGAACCCUUUCAAAGGAGGUUAGGCGAGUGGAGUAUUUGACAGUCCUGUACAAGCAGUGCAUGUGUGAGGAAGUAAGAGAGGUGGUAGCCAUCGUGUGGCUUCAAACAUAUACAUAGAAACAGCAUAUUGCAUAGGUGGUCAUACCUUUGAUGAAUUUAAAAAAAGAUGUGGAUAUGAAUGUGUGGCCACAUUCACUCCUCUGCUGCUUCAUUUCACGUGAAAGAUGAAAAAGGUCCAAAGAGAAUAAACAGACGCACAGAUAAGAGAGAAAAGGCUCAUAAUCUGCACAGUUUUGGUUCCCUCAAAGCACAUUGGACUGUGAAGAUAAGGCAAACCUUGAAUGUCACAUUAAAGCUAUCAGUGUGACUAACUAUAAUGCAGGUUAAUGAUGAAAACAGGUGCAGUAUGUGUGUAAUUGCAGGUGGUUUUUGGACACAGAAUUUACUGCAUUUGUAAUCAGCUUGCGCAACAACAUCUGCAUGCACUAACCACCCACCAACCCAAAGAAUGUCUUUUUGUACUUUGUGCAGUAAUGUAUUUGAAACUUUGUUACAGUUUGUGAGGUAUGUGAUAUACAUUUUGUUUGUGUUUAGCCAUUAAAAUACACACCCGCUGUCUGGUGUUAAAAAAAAAGACAAAAGAAUGUAUCUUUGAAACAAGAGGAAGACAGGAAUUAAAAGUAAUGAAAAUAUUGCUUGACAGAAAUUGUUAUUGUAUAUCGAGAUAUUCAGUCUAUUUUUCAUGGUUAAAAUAAAGUGUUUAUUGUGAAGUUUGUCUGGUUUGUGUAACAGG